UCCGAGGCGACACAGAGACACGGUGUCAAGACGAUACUAUGCCACCGGACCACAGGGUGGUGAUGGCACCGGAAACGCCCUGCGGCAUAUAUUUCAGAAGAAGAAACAACGCCACCAUCCGGCGUCCGGCGAAUCGAUUGGCAGCUACGAUGGGCCGGCAGUGACCGCCACCGAUAUGAUUAAGGCGAUGGCCACGUACAUUUGGCCCAAGGAUGACGCCCUGGUGCGGAAGAGAGUCUUGAUAUCUUUGAGCUUACUCGGAGGAGCGAAAGUACUGAACGUGUGCGUUCCGUUCCUGUUCAAAAUGGGCGUCGAUAACCUGAACGUGCUGAGCAUGGACACGGUACCGGAGGCGGCCUCAGCCCUCACCAUCUCGGUCCUGUUGGGGUAUGGCAUUGCACGCGCCGGAGCUGCGGGUUUCAACGAGCUGCGGAAUGCCGUCUUUGCCCGCGUGGCUCAGCAUUCGAUACGAAAGAUCGCUACCAAUGUGUUCCUGCAUUUGCACAAUCUCGACCUACAGUUUCACCUUAGCAAGCAAACGGGUGCCCUUUCGAAGACCAUCGAUCGAGGAUCGCGAGGCAUCAACUUUGUGCUCACGGCGAUGGUGUUUAACGUUGUUCCGACGGUGUUUGAGUUGGCGCUCGUCUCCUCGAUCCUCGGCAUGAAGUGUGGCCUUGCGUACGCGGCCCUUUCGAUGGGGUGCGUCGGCGUGUACAGCGCAUACACUCUGGCCGUGACGCAGUGGCGCACCAAGUACCGAAUCUACAUGAACCAGGCGGAAAACGAGGCCGGCAAUAAGGCCGUCGAUUCGCUCAUCAACUACGAAACGGUAAAGUAUUUCAACAACGAGCAGUACGAAGCGACCCGCUACGAUCGAGUGCUGCAGAAGUACGAGGCGGCCAGCCUGAAGACGAGCACCAGCUUGGCGAUCCUGAACUUUGGCCAGAAUGCGAUUUUCAGCGUUGCGCUGAGCGCCAUCAUGGUGAUGGCCGCGAACGAGAUCGCUCGGGGCAACAUGACGGUCGGGGAUUUGGUGAUGGUGAACGGGUUGCUGUUUCAGCUCUCGAUUCCGCUCGGGUUUCUCGGGAGCGUUUACCGGGAGGUUCGCCAGGCGCUACUCGAUAUGCGUACCAUGUUCACGCUAAUGGGAGUGGAAAGCGCCAUUCAGAACCGUUCCAAUGCGCUUCCGUUGGAUGUGCGCCGGGAGACGGCUUCGAUCGAGUUCCGCAACGUUGGUUUCCGGUACGCGCAGAGCAAUGACAUUUUCAAGGAUCUUUCCUUCACGAUACCGCCCGGUGUAAAGAUUGCCAUCGUCGGUGGGUCGGGCUCGGGCAAGUCCUCGAUGGUGCGGUUACUGUAUCGAUUCUUCGAACCGACGGCGGGCGAGAUUCGGAUCAAUGGGCAAAACAUUCGCGAAGUGGAUCUGCAAAGUUUGCGACGUGCGAUCGCUGUGGUGCCGCAGGAUUCGGUACUCUUCCACGACACCAUCCGCCACAACAUUCACUACGGUGAUCUGUCGCGAUCGCAAGCCGAACUGGAGGAUGCGGCCCGUAUGGCGGAUCUGCACGACUCCAUUCUGCAGUGGCCCAAACAGUACGACACGCAGGUCGGCGAACGGGGACUGAAGCUGUCCGGGGGAGAGAAACAACGGGUGGCCAUCGCGCGGGCCAUUCUAAAGAACUCACCCAUCCUGGUGUUCGAUGAAGCGACAAGCAGUUUGGAUUCCAUCACCGAGCAAAACAUACUGCAAGCCCUGGCCCGGGCAACGGAUAAUCGUACCAGCAUCUGCAUUGCUCAUCGGCUUUCGACGGUGAUGGAUGCGGAUGAAAUAUUGGUGCUUGAAAACGGACGCAUUGGACAGCGGGGAACACACGAUCAGCUGCUGCGGAGCGGAGGUCUGUACACCAAGCUGUGGGACACACAGAAUCGUCUGCACAGUGGCACCAAAACGAUCGGCGAAGGGAAUCAUUGAGCCUCGGAUGCGAAAGUUUGCACCAGGCGAGGCGAACGCAAUGGAAUCGAACUUUGCCAACGGUUGUUGACUAUUUUUAAGACAAAACGAAAAGAAAAC